GGCAGGGUUGGGGGAAGUGUGGAAAGCCUCCGAAGGCGCCACUGCCAAAGGAAGAUUUGGUAGGAGGAGAAGUGGAGGGGUAAAGACAGGCUGGGAGGGGAGAAGUAAGGAGGACAAAUAGGUCGCCUCUCCUGAGGCGGCACAAAGUUCUUCGAGAUGUGGCUGAAGCCUGAGGAAGUGCUGUUGAAAAAUGCGCUGAAGCUGUGGCUGAUGGAAAGAUCCAACGAGUACUUUGUCCUGCAAAGGCGUCGAGGCUACGGGGAAGAAGGCGGAGGGGGACUUACAGGGCUUCUGGUUGGGACUCUUGAUUCUGUGUUAGACUCUACUGCUAAAGUGGCUCCAUUUCGCAUCCUGCAUCAAACUCCAGAUUCUCAAGUUUAUUUGUCAAUUGCAUGUGGAGCCAACAGAGAAGAAAUAACAAAACACUGGGACUGGUUGGAACAAAAUAUCAUGAAGACUUUAUCUGUGUUUGAUUCAAAUGAAGAUAUUACUAAUUUUGUACAAGGCAAAAUACGAGGACUAAUUGCUGAAGAGGGUAAACAGUCUUUUGCAAAAGAAGAUGAUCCUGAGAAAUUUCGAGAAGCCCUUUUGAAAUUUGAAAAAUCUUUUGGUUUACCAGAGCAGGAAAAACUAGUAACAUAUUAUUCCUGUAGUUACUGGAAAGGACGGGUUCCUUGUCAGGGUUGGCUCUACCUAAGUACCAACUUUCUCAGCUUCUAUUCUUUCUUGCUAGGAUCAGAAAUUAAACUCAUUAUCUCCUGGGAUGCAAUUUCAAAACUUGAAAAGACGUCAACUGUUAUACUAGCAGAGAGUAUUCACAUAUGUUCCCAAGGAGAGAAUCACUAUUUUUCAAUGUUUUUGCAUAUUAAUGAAACAUACCUGCUUAUGGAACAACUGGCAAACUAUGCAAUAAAGAGACUUUUUGAUAAGGAAACAUUUGAUAAUGACCCAGUACUUGAUGAUCCUCUACAGAUUACCAAAAGAGGUUUGGAAUACCGAGCCCACAGUGAGCAAUUCAAAGCCUUUUUUAGGCUACCCAAAGAAGAGUCUUUGAAAGAAGUGCAUGAGUGUUUCUUAUGGGUACCGUUCAGCCACUUCAGUGCUCACGGGAAAAUGUGCAUUUCAGAGAACUACAUCUGCUUUGCUAGCCAGGAUGGCAAUCUAUGUAGUGUAAUCAUUCCCUUACGAGAGGUCUUAGCUGUAGAUAAAACUGAUGACUCCAACGGAUCUGUCAUCAUUAGCAUCAAAGGAAAAACAGCUUUUCGUUUCAAUGAGGUUAAAGACUUUGAGCAACUGGUGGCAAAACUAAGGCUCAAAUGCCGGGCAGCGUCAACUCAAGAUGUUAGUACAGAGAUUGCUAUUAGUUCUGACUCUACAGGCCUAUCUGAUAAUUUUGAGGAGCAACCUUUGACAUGCCAAAAAGAAUGCAGCAAAGCUCUGAAUACUGAAGCCUUAAUGACAGUAUUUCACCCUCAAAAUUUGGAGAAUCUUGAUUCUAAAAUGUUGAAAGAGAAGAUGAAAGAACAAUCAUGGAACAUCUUAUUUUCAGAAUGUGGGCGUGGUGUUAGCAUGUUCCGGACAAAAAAGACCCGAGAUCUGGUUGUAAGAGGGAUUCCAGAGACUUUAAGAGGAGAGCUGUGGAUGCUUUUCUCAGGUGCUGUUAAUGACAUGGCUACUAAUCCCGGCUAUUAUGCUGAAGUGGUUGAACAAUCCUUAGGGACCUGCAACUUGGCUACUGAAGAAAUUGAACGUGAUUUGCGUCGCUCUCUGCCUGAGCACCCAGCAUUUCAGAGUGAUACUGGCAUAUCUGCUCUGAGGCGGGUACUGACAGCUUAUGCAUAUAGGAAUCCCAAAAUAGGAUACUGCCAGGCAAUGAACAUUUUGACUUCAGUAUUGCUUCUAUAUGCAAAAGAAGAAGAAGCUUUUUGGCUUCUGGUUGCUGUGUGUGAACGAAUGUUGCCUGAUUAUUUUAAUCGUCGAAUCAUUGGUGCCUUGGUGGAUCAGGCAGUGUUUGAAGAACUUAUCAGGGAUCACCUUCCUCAGCUGACAGAUCACAUGACCGAUAUGACCUUCUUUUCCUCGGUUUCUCUCUCGUGGUUCCUCACACUUUUCAUUAGCGUGCUACCUAUCGAAAGUGCAGUGAAUGUGGUGGACUGUUUCUUCUACGAUGGAAUAAAGGCCAUUUUACAACUGGGAUUGGCAAUCCUUGACUAUAAUUUAGACAAACUCCUGACGUGUAAAGAUGAUGCUGAAGCUGUGACAGCAUUGAACAGGUUCUUUGACAAUGUCAUUAAUAAGGAUAGCCCAUUGCCUUCAAAUGUUCAGCAGGGUUCAAAUCUCAAUGAUGAAAAAAACAGUCAUACUAAAGUGGAUAUUACAGAUUUGAUUAGAGAGUCCAAUGAGAAAUAUGGCAGUAUUCGCUACGAAGAUAUACAUAGCAUGCGCUGUCGAAAUAGGUUGUAUGUGAUACAGACCCUGGAGGAAACAACAAAGCAGAAUGUGUUACGUGUUGUAUCACAAGAUGUGAAAAUGAGCCUUCAGGAAUUGGAUGAACUUUAUGUCAUUUUUAAGAAAGAACUGUUUAUAUCUUGUUAUUGGUAUUUGAGUUGUCCAGGAUUGCAGCACCAUGACCCGAGCCUGUCAUAUUUGGAACAGUAUCAGAUUGACUGCCAACAAUUCAGAGUAUUGUAUCACUUGCUGAGUCCCUGGGCUCAUUCUGCAAACAGAGACUCGCUAGCUUUAUGGACGUUCAGAUUGUUGGAUGACAACUCUGAUUGCCUUAUAAACUUCAAAGACUUCUCCUGUGCAAUUGAUAUAAUGUACAAUGGAAGCUUUACUGAGAAGCUUAAGCUGCUUUUUAAGCUGCACAUUCCUCCAGCUUAUACUGAAGUGAUGUCUAACACUUCUUCAAAGGGCGAUGAGCUUUCAACAGAAGAAUUACUUUAUUUCAGUCAGCUCCAGGUUUCCAAGCCUGCAGAUGAGAAGGAAACAGAAUCAGGAAGAAAUAGCCCUGAAAAAGGCAAAGGAAAAAUUGAUAUUCAAGCCUACUUAAGUCAAUGGCAAGAUGAGCUUCUCAAAAAAGAAGAAAAUAUUAAAGAUUUACCAAGAAUGAAUCAGUCACAGUUCAUUCAGUUUUCAAAGACCCUGUAUAAUUUAUUUCAUGAGGAUCCCGAAGAAGAGUCAUUAUAUCAAGCCAUUGCUAUUGUAACCAACCUUCUGCUCAGGAUGGAAGAAGUUGGAAGGAAACUCCAUAGCCCCACAUCAUCAGCCAAAGGAUUCUCCAAGACAGCCUGUGAUUCUGGACCCAGUGAGGAGAAGGCAGAAAGCAAUGUAGAGAAAGAUCCUUCCUCUCCCAGGGAAGAGCAUCAGUGGUCUUUUGCAUUUGAACAGAUUCUUGCUUCCCUGUUAAAUGAACCAGCCUUGGUGAGGUUUUUUGAGAGACCCUUAGAUUUAAAAGCCAAGCUAGAAAAUGCAAAAAACUCGCAGUUAAGGUCUAGGACCAAGAUGUAAACCUCUGCCAUCAUCAGGUUUACCAUGAGUCCUGUACUAUCAGCUUGAUUCCUGGGAAAACUUCUCAGGGAUAUGUCGCAUUACCUAUGUGCUCCAAGGCAAAAGAGAAGAUAGCCAGAAGUUCAAUGGUUCAUUCCUUUAGUUGCAGCUUA